GCUCAUGAUGAGCUGGAUCGGGAGGAUCAGAUCAAUGGUUUAUGGCCCACCAGGUCCAGGUGAUGAUCUAGCUACAGUUUCACAUCUUAACCAAGUUCUUCUAGAAGCCUUUAUUAUGAUGUUCUCCACCCCCCACCCUUCUAAAAGCUACACAUGCCCUGUAAGUUGUAACGCCCUCCUCCCAAUUACCUCCAUGUGGUCUCCACCCUCGAAAGCCCUAGAGCCCUAGAAUUAAACUAGACUAGACUAGACUAGAAAAGAUAGGGUUCUCAUCCUUUGGAGCCUUCUUUAAAGAUUAGGAUCAAUUUGAUUUUUCAUGAACAGUACAGUGCUAAUCCAUUUGCCCCAGUUGUCACCUCAUCCAUGUCCAUUUCCUUCUUCCCCCACACCACAUACAAUUCCCAUGAAUCCCAAUUCCCUCUUAUAUAUAUUUGUUUCAAUUUGUUCAUUAAAAUAAUUUUAUAAUUUUUAUUCCCCUAAUUGAUUUAUAGCCCUCCCUAUUUAUAGGCUUACUCACUCCCACUCCCCCCCCAGUCCUUGUCCAUCCUUCCUUAAACUCGCCCUCAAUUCUCCACCAUUACUACUACUACUGCUAUUGCUAUUCUAAAAGAGAGAGAGAGAGAGAGAUUAGAGAGAAGUACCAAUAGAAACAUACAAGUGAGAAAAUGAGAGUGAGAGGGAGGGGAAAGAGGGAGAGAGGAGAGGAGAUGGUGGGAACUGGGGAGGAAGAGGAGAGGGUCCUGAUCCCGGGGUUACCUGAUGACGUGGCGCUGGACUGCCUCGCACGUGUGCCGCUGCGGUACCACGGGGGGCUCCGGCGCGUGUGCCGGAGGUGGCGGGAGCUGGCCGAGUCCCCCGCGUUCUACCGCCGCAGGGACAGGAUCGGCGCCGCCGAGGACCUCGUCUUCCUCGUCCAAACCCUAGUGGCCCCCGACGCCCGCGAGGGCAAGGGUAAGGCGACGGAGGAGGAGGGGGAGGGGGAGGGGGAGGGGAGGAGAGGGGGCGGCGGGGGCGGGGCACCGGCGUACGGGCUCAGCGAGUACAACGCGACGACGGGGAGUGGCGGCGCGCGGCUGGGCGGUGCCGAUGUUCGCGCAGUGCGCGGCGGCGGGGGGAAGGUGGUGGUGGUGGGGGUGGGACCGGCGACGCUGGAGCCGGUGGCGGAGGUGCGGGUGCUGGACCCCGCGCGGGACGUGGGGCGCGGGGCCCCGAUGGGCGCGGCGCGGUCGUUCUUCGCGUGCGCCGGGGCGGGGGCGCGGGUGUACGCGGCGGGGGGCCACGACCGGCAGAAGAACGCGCUGCCGGCGGAGGCGUACGACGUCGCGGCGGACGAGUGGGCGCGCGCGGUGGCGGCGAUGGGGAGAGCGGACGAGUGCCAGGGGGCGGUCGGCGGCGGGGGCCGGUUCUGGGCGGUGAGCGGGUACGGCACGGAGCGGCAGGGGCGGUUCGAUGCCGGGGCGGAGUGGUACGACGAGGGCGCCGGGAGUGGACCAAGGAAGAGGGGAUGUGGGACCCGCCGCCGCCUCCGCCGCGGCCGAUGCCGAGGACGGCAGCGGCGGCGCCGCAGCGGGCGUGCUGCGUGGGGGUCGCGGGGAGGUGUGGAGCGUGGAGUGCGGGAGGAGAGGGGUGAGGGAGUACGAGGGGAGGGGGAAGGGGUGGAGGGCGGUGGCGCCGGCGCCGGAGGGAUGAGGUCGAGCCCCAGGGCUGCGGCGCUUGGCGGCGACGGACGGAGGAGGGGGAGGUGUUCGUGA